UAUUUAUAUUCUUUAUAUAAUAGCGAGGAAAAAAAGGAAAAACAAAAAGAGAAAAGAAUAUCGGAACUCGGAUAAAAAUAGAGAAAGCCGACAAGCCAAACAAGGUCACCACUUAAAACCCCUCGAUCUUUUGGUCAAUUGGCUUUUAGUUUCCGUUAUCCGUCUCCUUAUUUCUUUCACAAAGUAUAUAUUACUAUAAAUUGAAGUAAAUCCCCAAAUCCGCUCCCCAACAAACCCUACAACGAAAACCCUAAUUCAGAUACUAUUUCUUUAAUUCUGAUUUGCUGCUCUCAAAUUCUAUUAUGUAUUUGUAUUUUGUCCACGUACUACUAUUCAUGUAGCUUUAUUUAUACAUUUAUUUCCAUAUACAUAUAUUGAGAGAGAUUUAGGAUUUAGGUUAGUGAGGGAAAAUUUUAAACAGAAAUUGAGAGAAGCUAAUGGAAGGGAUACCACAACCGAUACCGAGAACGGUAGAAGAGGUCUUCAACGACUUCAAGGGCAGACGCUCUGGCUUGAUUAAGGCUCUCACCACUGAUGUUGACAAGUUUUACCAACAGUGUGAUCCUGAGAAGGAGAACUUAUGCCUAUAUGGACUUCCAAAUGAGACAUGGGAAGUUAACUUACCUGUUGAGGAGGUGCCUCCUGAGCUUCCAGAGCCUGCACUGGGCAUAAACUUUGCUAGGGAUGGGAUGCAGGAGAAGGACUGGCUAUCAUUGGUUGCAGUUCACAGUGAUUCAUGGUUGCUUGCUGUUGCUUUCUAUUUUGGUGCGCGAUUUGGGUUUGGCAAGAAUGAGAGGAAAAGGCUUUUUCAGAUGAUAAAUGAUCUUCCAACCAUAUUUGAAGUUGUGACAGGAAAUGUCAAGCAACCAAAGGACCAAUCUGCUAAUCACAACAGCAGUGGCAAAAGCAAAUCAAGUGCUAAGGUGUCUCGUCAAUCUGAACCCCAGAGUAAGAUGGUAAAGACAUCUCCACCACCCAAGGACGAGGAUGUGAGUGGGGAAGAAGAUGGGGAAGAUGAUGAACAGGGUGCCACUUGUGGGGCAUGUGGGGAUAGCUAUGGCACUGAUGAAUUCUGGAUUUGCUGUGAUAUUUGCGAGAGAUGGUUCCAUGGCAAAUGCGUGAAGAUUACACCUGCAAAGGCCGAGCAUAUCAAGCAAUAUAAGUGCCCAAGUUGCAGUAACAAGAGGGCUAGAGUUUGAAAGUAGGUUCAGAAGUUUGACUUAAACGAAGCAGACAAGGUUUAUAGCUUUUUCCUUACAGUUUGGAAGUAAAACAAAGUUGCCCCUGUUAGUUGAUGAAUUUGGAUGACUGCAGAUGGGAUUUUAAGUUUUGCUACUCUUGGUUCCUGCUCUGUUUAAAUUUUUAUUGAGAAUUGUGUUUUAAACUGAUACUGGCAACUUGAAAUAUUAACUAAUUAAUAUAUAUAUAUGUUGGUGCAGUUUUCUAGUUUCAUCUUUAUACUUGAUUUCUUGUUUUUUUUAAUAUACUUAGGAUUGUUAUAUUUAAAUUUUGAUUACUGA